UCCUUCCUCUGAUGCUACGUUCCUUUUUCCCGCCAGCACUGGGGACCGGACCGGGUUGUGGUGCUGUUCCCGCGCCAUGGCCAAGCAGCGGACCUUGUUCAGCUUCUUUACCAAGUCUCCGCCACUCAGCACCCGGAGUGGGUCGGGACCCGAGAUCAUCACAGCGCCCGCAAAGAAGGCCGGUAAUGACCGGGAAGUGGUCAAGCACAGUGACAGCGAAGCGGGCAAGACCCGCCGGAGCCCGCCCAAGAAGCUCCGCACUACUCCCUCCUCCAGCCCUUUCUUCACUAGGGAAGCGAAAGCAGCCCACAAACAGGCGGCGAGUCCCCGGACGACCACCCUGAGUCAAACAUGUGAUUUUACACCUGGCGAUCUAGUGUGGGCCAAGAUGGAAGGCUAUCCGUGGUGGCCAAGUCUAGUUUAUAAUCAUCCCACUACCAAGGAGCACCUCAGGGGAAAAGGGAAGUCUCUUCGUAUUCAUGUCCAGUUCUUCGAUCAACCUCCAACAAGAGGCUGGGUCAGUGUGAAGUAUGUAAAGAUGUACACAGGUUCUGAUUGUAAAGAGGCUCAGAGAGGUGGUGUCUACUUUAGUGGAAAGCCUGAAAUCCGCAGGGCAAUUGUUGAUGCAGAUAACGCCCUUCGGAAACCGAGAGAGAAGCGUUUAGAAUUGGCAGUGUGCACUGAACCUUCUGAGCCAGAAGAUGAAGACAGUGAUGAUGAUGAUGAAGGUGAAAAAAUGGAGGUCGAUGGUCCGUCCAUAGCAAGCGAGGAAGACAAAGAGAAUAACAGCGAAGAUGAGAAUAAAGCAAAUAAACGGCAGUCACGGGCGACACGUUUGGCCUGCGUCAAGGCCAAAAGGAGGCGGAUUGUGGUUGAGUCGGACAGUGAUGUUGAAAGCUCAGAGGAAGAGUUUAAACCGGACCAGCAGGAGGGGAGCAGCGACGAGUGCAGCAGUGGCGUCGAUGAGAACGACAUCAGUGAGCCCGAAACGGAGACCGAUCCUGAGAGUCCAGUAAAGACUCCCUUCAAGCGCAAACGCAGCGCGACUUCAGCCACUGCAAAGACUCCAUCUCGUUCUCCCCCGGAAGCUCCAAAGAGACCGGCCGCGGUGUCCUCGGGCACCAAGUCCAAGCUGUCGGCGUUCUCCGCUCCAGAGACCUUCGAGUGCCAGUCCAGUGGAGGGGGCCUGGGCGGUGCCUCUACCGCGACCGUGUGGGACCACGAGAAGCUCGAGUGGCUGAAAGCGGGCAAGAGGAAGGACGCAGCGAGGCGAAGGGAAGACCACCCUGAUUACGACCCCUCCUCGCUGUACGUGCCAGACGACUUCAUGAGCAAGUGCACGCCCGGCAUGCGGAGGUGGUGGGAGCUCAAGUCCCAGAUGCUGGACACUGUGAUCUUCUACAAGGUCGGCAAGUUUUAUGAGCUCUACCACAUGGAUGCCGUCACAGCCGUCAAUGAGCUGGGCCUGAUGUACAUGAAGGGCACUUGGGCUCACUCCGGUUUCCCCGAAAUCGCUUUUGGCCGCUUCUCUGACGCGCUGGUCCAGAAGGGGUACAAGGUGGCGCGGGUGGAGCAGACGGAGACGCCCGAGAUGAUGGAGGCGCGUUGCAGGUCGAUGGCGCACCCCACCAAGUUUGACCGCGUGGUGCGGCGGGAGUUGUGCCGGGUUAUCACGCAGGGGACGCAGACGUACAGUGUCCUGGACGGCAACCCCUCGGAGGGCAGCAGCAAGUACCUCCUGUGCCUGCGGGAGGCGGCGAACGCUGACUCACCGGGCCACCCCCGCUCCUACGGUGUCUGCUUCGUCGACACCUCUGUCGGCAGGUUCCGGCUGGGUCAGUUCCGGGACGAUCGCCAUUGCUCCAGGCUGCGGAUGCUGGUGGCCCACCACGCCCCGGUGCAGGUGCUGACCGAGAGGGGCAACCCCUCGAUGGAGACCAGGAGGGUCCUGAAAGGCUGCCUCCUCUCUGCCGCGCAGGAGACGCUGCAAGCUGGCUCCCAGUUCUGGGAUGCCGCCAAGACCCUGAAGGUGCUGGCGGAGGAGGGCUACUUCAGCGAGGAGCCGGGCGCCACCUUGCCGCCGGCCAUCCGGGGGAUGGUGGCCGAGUCGGAUGCGCUGGGCCUGACCCCGGCAGAAGGGCGGGAACUGGCCUUGUCGGCUCUCGGCGCCUGCGUGUUCUACCUGAAGAAGUGCUUGGUCGACCAGGAGCUCCUGUCCAUGGGCAACUUCGAGGAGUACGUGCCAGUGGACGUGGGGGCCCAGGGGCUGCCAGGGCCGGCCUGGAGCGGACGGCGGCUGGUCCUGGAUGGGGUCACCCUCACCAACUUGGAGGUCCUGCGCAACAGCACCACGGGCACGAGGGAGGGCACCCUGCUCGAGCAGCUGGACGGCUGCUGCACCUACUUUGGCAAGCGCCUCCUGAAGCAGUGGCUCUGUGCCCCCCUCUGCCACCCCCCGGCCAUCGAUGACCGCCUGAAUGCCAUCGAGGACCUGAUGGCAGUGCCAGACAAGGUGACUGAGGUGCUGGAGCUGCUGAGAAAGGUGCCCGACCUGGAACGGCUCCUGAGCCGGAUUCACAGCAUCGGCUCGCCUCUGAAGAGCAAGGACCAUCCCGACAGCCGGGCGGUGUUGUAUGAGGAGACUACGUACAGCAAGAAGAAGAUUACUGACUUCCUCUCUGCCUUGGAGGGUUUCAAAAUCUUCCAGGAGGUGCUGAAGGUCAUGGAGUCGUCCGUGGACGGCUUCAAAUCCAAGCUCCUGAGGCAGGUGCUGAGCCUGAAGGGUAGCGGCUCCGAAGGCCUCUUCCCGGACUUGUCGGCCGAGCUGAAGAGGUGGGACACGGCCUUCGAUCACCAGAAGGCGAAAAACACUGGAGUGAUUACGCCCAAGUCUGGCUUUGAUCCGGACUACGAUCAGGCACUGGCUGAUAUCAAGGAAACCGACGCUAGCCUCCGGGAGUACCUGGAAAAGCAGCGCAAGAGGCUGGGGUGCCGCGCCGUGGUGUACUGGGGCACGGGCAGGAACCGCUACCAGCUGGAGGUUCCAGAAGCCGUGGCCGACCGCCACGUGCCCGAGGAGUACGAGCUGAAAUCCACCAAGAAGGGCUUCAAGCGUUACUGGACCAAAGCCAUCGAGAAGCUGUUGGACGCAAUGAGCAAUGCUGAGGACAGGCGGGAUGCUGCCCUCCAGGACUGCAUGAGGAGGCUCUUCUACAACUUUGACAGAAACUACAAAGACUGGCAGGCAGCCGUGGACUGCGUCGCCGUUCUUGAUGUCUUGCUCAGUCUAACACACUACAGUCAGAGUGGCGAGGGGCCCAUGUGCAGACCCGUCGUAACGUUGGUCAGCAGCGAAGCCCGGCCAUUCCUGGAGCUUAGAGGCUCGCGACAUCCAUGCAUCUUAAAAACCUUCCUGGGCGAUUUCAUCCCGAACGAUGUGGUGAUUGGCUGUGAGGAUGUUGAAGGUUUAGAAAAUGGUCACAGUAACCAACAGGCUUCCUGCUUGCUUGUGACAGGGCCAAAUAUGGGUGGUAAAUCCACACUCAUGAGACAGGUUGGCUUAUUGGUGAUCAUGGCUCAAUUGGGGUGCUACGUACCUGCUGAAAGCUGCAAAUUUAACCCAGUGGACAGAGUCUUCACUCGCCUUGGAGCCUCAGAUAGAAUUAUGUCGGGUGAAAGCACCUUCUUUGUGGAGCUCAGUGAAACGUCCAGCAUCCUCCAACAUGCAACUCGGCAUUCCCUCGUGCUUUUGGACGAAUUGGGCCGUGGUACAGCAACAUAUGAUGGCACUGCAAUAGCUAGUGCAGUGGUAAAAGAGCUUGCUGAAAAUACCAAGUGCCGCACUCUAUUCUCAACACACUACCAUUCCCUUGUGGAAGAUUUCUCUCAUUCCUCUGCAGUCAGUUUAGGACAUAUGGCUUGUAUGGUUGAGAAUGAGUGUGAAGAUCCAAGCCAGGAAACUAUCACAUUCCUCUACAAGUUUAUUGAAGGAGCCUGUCCAAAAAGUUAUGGAUUUAAUGCAGCAAGACUAGCAGAGAUUCCUGAGGAAAUAAUUCAGAAAGGACACAAGAAAGCUGAAGAAUUUGAGAAGACUACUAUUUCCUUGCGACUCUUCAAGGAAAUAUGCUUUUUGGUGGAAGAUCCAAAUGUUAAUCAUCUCAAAUUACAGAGAGUAUUGAAGAAGAUUGCUGAACUCUGAACCCAGAUAAAUACAGGCAUGAUUUAAAAUUGUUCUAAUAAAAGCUUAUUUUAAAAAUA